AUGAGAAGAGUCAAGUUCUUAUUAUUCUUUGAGUUCACAUCAUUAUCGUUUAAGAACAAUAAUUGGUAUCAGAGCCAAAGGUUCAUGGGAGAUCUAGUCGUAGCAGGUUCACAGUCGAAGGAAUGGGGAUCUUGGAUCAAGUCCCCUAUACUCACUGCAACAAAUUAUACAGUAUGGGCUAUGAGGAUGAAGAUUCUAUUUAAGGUACAUGAGGUCUGGGACAUUAUAGAGAUAGAGGCGGUUGACCAGAAGAAAAUUAAUAUGGCAAUGGCAUUAUUAUUCCAGUCCAUACCGGAGGUACUAAUACUUCAAGUAGGAGAACUAGAUACGGCUAAAAAAGUUUGGGAGGCGAUCAAGACGCGUCACCUCGGUGCGGAGAGAGUAAAAGAAGCAAGGUUACAAACGCUCAUGUCCGAAUUUGAUAGACUUACAAUGAAAGACACUGAGACAAUAGAUGACUUUGCGGGGAAGCUAGCUGAGAUAUCAUCCAAGUCUGCGGCUCUAGGGGAAGAGAUAGAAGAAUCUCGUCUUUGCAAGAAAUUUCUUAAGAGUUUACCUCGAAAGAAAUACAUUCAAAUAGUGGCAACCCUAGAACAAGUCUUGGAUCUUAAGACUACUGGUUUUGAAGACAUCAUUGGUCGUUUGAAGGCUUAG